GGACACCGCUAUUUUUCUUUCUUUCUUUUUUUUUUCUUUUUUUUUUUAAUUAAUUUUUUUUCUUUUUAUUGUAAUAGUAAAUCACAAAAGAUCAACGGAAAACUUGGCAUAUAACAUGUCUUUUCAUUUCCUCUAUUGAAUUGAAUUCCAUUGUUAUUCUUGGCUUAUACAACUUCUCAACAUCUCGAAAAAUGGGGUCCAAAGAACAACUCCCAGUUUUCACCCAAACUAAUCUUGGUACUCGGAUUGUUGUCGCCGUUUCACCGGAGAUUACUGCCGGAAAAUUCAAAGGGGAAUUUGAGAGAGCACACAUUGGUUGUUUUCCUGAACUAGGAUUUCUCUCUAUUGAUGCGGUGAUGGUGAAGCGGGAUCCUUAUUAUUACCACCUGCCUGAUUUGCUGCCCCUGAAGCAUGUUUUUCUGGGAUUUCAAGAUUCCUGGCUCCUCCAUGUAAAUGUCAGUCGAUUGAAAAUUUUGCCAGAUUUUAAUAACAGUGCAAAACUUCGUCGGAACUUGUCUGAAAUCAAGAGCAACAAACAGAAUCAAGGCUCGAAAACUGCUUUCCCUUCGAAGAAGAAGAAAAAGAGGAAAAGAAAACCCAAUGUGAAGAAAUUUCCUAAAAGAUUUAGUCAUGAAAAACUUGAUCAAGAGCCAAAAGGAAACAUUUCCAGUGAGGUAGAGAGAAAACGGAGUGGUCUACAAGAAGUACUGCAUCAGAGUAAUGCAUCAGACUUCAAUGUUACAGCUGAAAGUCCUCAUGGAAGCUUAUCUGAAGCAGUAUCAGUGUCUGGCAUCAUUGAUAAGUACUUCACAAAUUUUAUCGAGGUUGAUCACAAUGGAAGCUCUCCCAGCUCAGUAGUUGCCACAAGAACCGGAAAAUGUGAUACAGAGAAAAUUUCCUUCGGUAAGAAAUGCUCCAACAAGCGAAAUUCUGUAACAAAAUGCCAGAGAUUCUUGCCCUCACUUUUGACAGAAGACUCAAAUUCUGCUAGCCUGAAAAGCAAUUAUGAAAGAUCUGAGGUUGGUCAACGAUUAGUAGUGGCCUCAAAUAAUCUUGGGAGCUCUCAAAGAUCCUCUUUGUCCAAGGGUAAAAAGUUCUGGAAUUCAGAUGAUGGGUCAAUUAUUCGAAGUUUGAUUUUUGAAUUGAACAACAAUGACUGAAAGAAUCUAAAGGAGAUAUUUCUGCAAUAUAGUGGACCUGCUAUUGCAAUUUUGUGAUGUACCAGCAAUAGCCUAAUGGCAUCUAUUUUGCACAUGCUACUUAUAGAGGCGGCUAAACCAUAGUUACAACUUUGAUGGGGGAAGCAACCUUUUGGUCAUCGCUUUGUAGGAUUUCCUUAGUGUCUGGAAUGCACAAAUUUAGAGGAACUUGCAAUGCAAAGAACUGCAGCUUCUUGAAGAGAAUUGUGAGCUUUUGGUGUGGUAUACUUUAUUUGACUGAUUAAAUUGUACCAGUCCAAACAUAAUGUGCUUCGUUGCAGCAAUCUGCAAUGCCUUCUAAGAUUGACUUGAGGGCGUUGAUUUUUGACGUAGCUGGUUGGAAAGAGAGAAACAAGAAUUGGAGCUGAACUUGGUAGAUGAAAAGGUGUUUAUAUUUUGAUCAUUGACAGAAUUUUGUGCUAGGGACCUGUGUAAUGCUGGAGUCUACAGUGACUCUUUGUAAGUUUACUGUGUUCUUUGGUUUAAUCUUCAGUCUCAGUACUUGAGUUUGUUUCUUCUAUUCAACAAAUGCAUAGAAUUAAGAGAAAUGGCAACUUUUGUAGCCUCGGAAUUGUAUUCACCCCCUCCCCCCCUCUCUUUCUGUGGGUGUGCGAGUGUGUGAUGGGUUGAAGCAGGCUAAUAGAUCUGUGUCAUUAUGGUUUUGAUGUUUGUUUAUGUUGUAUAUUGCUACUGUAUAUUAAGAAUAU